CAUGAGUUCGUUUACUAUACCAGUUCUGCUGUUAGUAGCUUUGCUAUUGGCCAUGAGCCAGGCUGAUGAAAGUCCUGGCUUCUUUCUGAAGAUUACCAAAAAUGUGCCACGUUUGGGCAAGCGUAGUGACAAUUUUCUUAUGAAGAAUCUGAAGACUAUACCACGCAUAGGUCGCAGCGAUCCUCAGGCUUCCGUUACACCGCUACUCUCCUGGCUUUGGAGCAUGGAGCAACCGCAGCUCAGCAAGCGUCGUUUGCCUGGUAAUGUGCCAGCAGCUAAUGCGGAGCGUGAGCUCAAUGUGGUGCAGCCUGUCAACUCGAAUACACUGCUGGAGCUUUUAGAUCGCAAUGCCAUACCCAGCGAGCAUGUCAAGUUUGUGCACUGGAAGGACUUUGAUCGCGCCUUGCAGGCUGAUGUGGAUCUAUAUGCCAAGAUAUCGCAUUUGGGACGCACGCCUGAUGAACGCUUGAAACAGGAUCUCAACUUUAGCAGCUUUGUGCCCAUUUUUGGCACUGACGAACAGGGUGAUGACUAUAUGCUCUAUAACAAGGACGAUCGUGAUUAUGGUCGCUUUGAUCGGCAGUUUAUGGCUUACAAUCGUUUGUAAAUGAGUUUGGAAAUAAACUUUAGUAUAUGUGCAAGGUUUCAAA